CGGCGGCUCGCAAUGGAUUACCCGGGUGCCUCUCGGCUCUUCGCCCUUCCGCCAAGGCAACCGACGGGUUCAGGACCAUGGCAGCCCAUCUACAGUACAUCUCGGCGAUUUAUCCAAAGGAAUCGGAAGAUCCUACCAAAAGGCUUACAGACAAAAUUAAAGAAAAAACAUAAGCGGGGUGGCUCCGCGGGCGGCGCUCGGCCCAAGCCCGAGAGGUGAGGCAGGAGCGGCCGCCUGAGGGGCGGCGGCGGUCCAUGCUGUUUGAGGCCUCGGCCCGCGCAGAGCCCCGGAAGAUGCAGAAGGCCGCCUACUACGACAACGCGGCGCUCUUCGGCGGCUACGGCGCCUACGGCAAAGCCGACGCCUACGGCUACACCUCGGGCCCGCCGCAGCCCUACGCCCCGCCGGCGCUCGACAACGACUACCCGGCCUCGGCCUGCUCCCUCCAGGGCGCCGCCCCCAUCCGCCCGCCGCCCGCCCACAAGAGCCCCGCCGCCGACCUCAGCGGCAGCUGCAUGCGCGGCCCGGGCGGCAGCCAGGCAGGCCCUCCGCAGCCCCCGGGCCUGGGAGAGCCGCAGCCGCAGCAGCCGCAGCAGCAGCAAGCGCCGCCCCCGCCUCAGCCGCCCCAGGCGCCGCCCUCGCCGUCUCCGCCCGGCGCUAACCCGGCCCACGCGGGGCCGGCCAAGAAGGGCAAAGGCGGGCCCAACGCCGCCUCCGGCGCCUCGGCCGCCACCAUCAGCAAGCAGAUCUUCCCCUGGAUGAAGGAGUCCCGCCAGAACUCCAAGCAGAAAAGCAGCUGCGCCCCUGCAGGAGAGAACUGUGAGGAUAAAAGCCCCCCAGGCCCUGCUUCCAAACGGGUGCGCACCGCCUACACCAGCGCGCAGCUGGUGGAGUUGGAGAAGGAGUUCCACUUCAACCGCUAUCUCUGCCGUCCGCGCCGGGUCGAGAUGGCCAACCUGCUGAACCUGACCGAGCGGCAGAUCAAGAUCUGGUUCCAAAACAGGAGGAUGAAGUACAAAAAGGACCAGAAAGCCAAAGGGAUUAUGCACUCCCCCGUAGGACAGUCCCCCGACCGAAGCCCGCCUCUGAGUGGCCCCAACCACGUAGGAUACUCCAGCCAGCUCCCGACCGUCAAUAGCCUGAGCUACGACGCCCCGUCGCCAACCUCCUUUGCCAAAUCGCAGCAAAACAUGUAUGGUCUGGCCGCUUACACGGCGCCUCUCAGCAGCUGCCUGCCCCAGCAGAAAAGAUACCCGGGCGCCGAGUACGACCACCACGCCAUGCAGAGCAACGGCGGCUUCGCCAACCCCAAUCUGCAAGGCAGCCCCGUUUAUGUCGGAGGGAACUUUGUUGAUUCCAUGCCAGCCUCCGGCCCGAUGUUCAACAUCAGCCACCUUUCCCACCCGUCGUCUGCCAGCGUGGACUACAGCUGCGCUGCUCAGAUCCCCGGGAACCAUCACCACGGACCUUGCGACCCCCACCCCACAUACACAGAUCUCACUUCUCAUCAUACAUCUCAGGGAAGGAUUCAGGAAGCCCCCAAACUGACGCAUCUGUAGUAGACUGGAAUGGAUUCAGAGAGCGAGAGAGAGAAAGACAGAGAGAGAGAGCGAGCAAGUUAUGAAAUGUAACUCGUUUCAAUUACCUCACUCCCCUCCCCCCCUUGAAGUUACCAUAUUACUUUGAACAGCCUGAGUAUUCGUGGAUUUAUUUUUGGGUCUCCUCAGUAAACAGCUACACCAUCUUGUCUCUUCUUUGGCAACGCCUGUGUUGACUAACACGAUUUUUUGUGUGGAGGGUUCUUUUGCCUUUUUAGCCGUUUAAAAGCAUGGCAGUGCAAUAUCCUUUUUUCUUUACUUAAAAAAAUAAUAAUAAAUACACAUCCUGACCAUAUAUCCACAAGGAAGUCAUAAUCAAUAAUGAUGUACUGGAAGGUAAGUUAUAGAAAUCUAUUAGUUUUGGGCAGAAAGUGUGUUUUGAUGAGGAGCUUACAACUAUUGGGACCAAACUAGAGACAUUUCCAAGAAGUUAAUUUAUAAAAAAUUCUUCAGCAAUGUAAAAGAUUGCUUUGGACUUGAAUAAGAUGUAUUUAUUAUUUUGAGAGGAGCGGGUUUUUGUUUUGUUUUGUAUCAUUGAUUAUUUAAUCCUGGUCUUCUUCAAUGUAAUUUAUGUGGAUAUUUGUAGUUUCUUCACACCCCCUUCCCCACCCCUAAUUUCGGAAGAUUGAUUCAGGUCUUUGAUGACUAUACAUUUUUCACCUAUUUAGUAUAUUUGGUCUGAAAUAGAAAGAGUAGUUUUGAACAAGUUGUAACAGUGGCUGGUGUUCGUAGUUUGUGUAAGGAUUAAGUAAAACAGCAAAUUGUAAGUCAAACCAUAAAUUAACACAAAACUGAAGCGUUACACAGGGAGCCCUUUUAAAAAUUCCCAUAAAACAGCAAUUUAUUUCAGAUUGUUUGGAACUAUUUUGAUCGCCUGUUUAGAAUUAAAAAUCACCCUGUUCAGGUUGAGAGUGUAUCUCAUUUGCGUUAGUAAUCUGCCAUCUCUAGGCUGUUUGAAUUCGGGUCUAUUUCAACAGAAAAAAAGUGAGAAAUUGUCAACCUCUUGUCAGUAGCAAAACUAUUUUAUCUGGGGGUUCUUACCCCAACCGUUCACGUUUAGAAUACUAGGAACAAAGUUACAGUGUGGAUGAAAUUAGAAAUUCCAUAGCAACAAAGAUUACAACUGUCCUUUUCACGGAAUAAUAAUUGUUAUGAUACACGUUUUCCUUUAUGCUAACCAUAAAUUCAUUUCGGACGCAGGUCACUGGAAACUCAAACUUACUUUUGCUGAUUAAGGAGAGAGAGGGAAAAAAGAAAACUUUGAAUGAAAUAUUGACAAUCAAGUAUCUACAAAGGACAGAGUGCUGUAGGAUGUAGAAAAAGAAAUCCAUCUGAAAUACUCAGAAUGGCUUUCGAGCUAGGAAAUUAGAUCUAUCAAUAUUUAAUAUAGUCUUCUGUAGCAGACAUUUGGUACAAUCCUGGUGUAAACAAAUGUUUCCUGUCCCUAACCUUAAAGGGGAUAAGAAAUACAAACAUCUCCCACCCACCCCUCCUCUUUAUUUAUACCCUAAAUUUGAUCUGUUACAGGAUUUAUAAAGCUUUUCUCAACAUAAAAGUGGCAUUAGGUACAUGUUAGAAAGGAUCCAUGCCUAUUAAUUCAGCAGAAAGUGUUCCUUAUCUCUCUUUUAAAAAGAAGCCUUCCCUUAUGAAUCAGAUCUUCUGAAUUCCCAGCAGAGCUCUAAGGAAACCUCACUUUUCAGUUUGACUAAUAAUACAGCUCCAUCUCUCUUAAGUCCAGAUGGCAACUCCCGCAAUUCUUUUUGUAUGAGAAGCUUUGACUCCUACACUUGCGUCUGGCUGGACAAUGAUGAUGACAUAUCUAAGAUUCCCAUUCAGUACCUUUUAAAAUGCCAUGUUAACAAAUGAGAGAAGAAGGAGAAAUGUAAUUUUUGGGUUGAAUUUCACUCCCCCCCAUGUGUUGUAGAUCUGUAAACAAAACAGAAUAAACAGCUUCGAACGAAGACAUAUUUUAACCA